CACUUGCAAAGACUACGAAGGCCUCAUCUUCACGGCAGCAGCGGCUACGCCACCCCCUUUCCCACCGCCGCCUCCUCCUCCUCCUCACUCGUCAUGCAGCGGCGACUAGCUGCGAGGUUCUACCUCGCUGCAUCCAUCUCAAUAGCUGCGACGACAGCCUCAGCUGCGGCGACAUCAACACGCCACUUGCUGCGACGAGAGGCCGACUUGAGUGAUGCUCAAGUCCAGAGAUUGGGCACGACUUCAGUUCCUCAGGGGCCCAUCGUUCUCGUCUUGGGCGGGCUCGGCGUAGCACUCGUCGCCCUCAUCUUCGUCGUCAUCAAAGUCCUGGGCUCAGGCAAGGCGUCGUCGUCGAGCAGACAGAUCAUGGCAGAGCGAGCAAAGGCAAAGACAGACCUUAGAGUAAGAGGCAUCGCCCAGCAGCCUGUCUCCAGGCCAACACCGACAAGAGGGGCGGGUACAUCAGACACGACGGCAGUAUCUACUCCCUUUACAUCGCCCACUGCUUCUCGCCACUUCUUUGAGGACUACUCGAGGAGGAACAGCCACAUCAAUGCACUUGGCUCCAAUCCCAAGGAAAUGUACAGCCCUUCGCUAAGUAAGCGAGACAACAUGGAUUCCACCUACAAUUCAAUGUCGUCGAUGGUAGACGUGCCCAUGCUGAUGGCUCAGGGUAGAACGAUUACCACCUUUAGCCAAGACUCGAGCUCAUCUGCAGAGGGAUCAAAGCCCCGAGUCUACAAUGACAUGGUUGGGCGUGUGGGCGGACCAAGGAGACCGCAGACGCAGCCCAGGCCGAACAACAAUCGCACCAGCGUCUACCGCGGCACGGACAUUGGCGUUUCGAGAAAAGGCUCAACGAGAAGCCAUCACGGCGGCGUCGGCGAUAGUGUUGGAGCCAGACCGGGCUCAAUGUCUGGUGCUCCAGCAUGGAUGGACGCCUCACGCGGCGCACGGGCAGCAGUGUACGAUCCCAAGUCGCCCAUGUCCGAUCUCAAGCGACACAACACCGACUCGGGGGAGCACAGCAGGCGCAACUCGUCGAGCAAUCUGCUUGACCAGGAAGACGUUUUCGCUACGCCGGCAUUGCAUGUACCUACGCCACUCUUUGCCGCCACUUCCCAGUCAUCAGCAUCAGGAUCUGGCUCGGCUUCCUCAUCUGACCACUCCUCAGCGCUGCAGCCCGUCAGCAACCACCCGCUCUCCAAAAGAACGGCAGGAGCAGCCAGUGCAGACGGUCACGGCCACGCAGCCUACGACCGCGGGCAUCAGCAACAUUACUUUGACGCGCAGCAACAGCGCAAGCCGCCACCGCGCUGGGCCCAGACAGCAGCAGCCACUCAGCAGUACAACCAGCCUCAACAGCAACAAGCUCCAGCAUGGCAAGAGCGACCGCGACCCAACUUCAUUCCUGCAUACCCGGGCGCUGGCUCGAACGGCCUGCAACGCGACCCCUCGCCUACGAAGUAUUUUGACGUCGAGCAAAACGGCGCGACAUACGAGACGGCGAGGCCAGGUCAAUUCCAUCAGCAGGUCGCCCCCGGGAAUGGUAGGAGGGGCGUGAGAGGCUUCCCAGCCGGGACCGCAGCGUCAUACUCCGACAACAACCCGUAUGGUAGGCCACAGGCGAUGUAUCGCUCCAGGAGCUAGCAUGGCGGGACAAAAAGUCUACGAGACGAACAUUACCUCAACAUGGACUCAUCAAUCUUCGCGCUUCAUACACGACCCUUUUCCCCCUUCCCCCUGCCCCUCUCUUGACGCCUCUAUGCCACUGCAUACCCUCUCCCUAUUCAUUGCCCCCUCUUCGUCUUCCCUCCGUUCUCUUUACAUUCAGCUCGUUCCCUUCCCCCUCCUCUGCCCCCUAAGGCUCCCUCCUCUUCUCACGCAU